UAGCACAAGUAGUGUUUUGUGGGUUCUUUUCACAUGCAUCUUCACCGUUAAAUAACUGUCCGAACGAGGAGGAGAUGAUACCGCCGAAGAAGCGUUAUCGGCGGGAGAUCGAACUGCAGCAAUUGCAGGCCGAGCAGGACCGCAAGAGUAACGGUGAAUCGCCUACGGCAUGCCAUAUCGAAGCCGCUGAAAGGGGGGGCGGAGGAGGGAUCGCCGGAGGGUCAGCAGGAGGGGGAGGAGGAGGUGGGUUUGGUAAUGGGGGUGCAGCAGCAGCAGGAGGAGGAGGAGGAGGAGGAGGGGGAAAAGAAAGAAAUAAUUCGUCUUCUUCCGGUGGUGGAGGAGGAGGAGGUGGAGGAAAAGAACGAAAUAAUUCCUCUUCAUCUUCUGGAGGAGGAGGAGGAGGAGGAGAAGCUGUGGAGGAGGUUCGAGUGAGCAGGAGGCGAAGAGUUUUCUAUGCCUCACACGGCAUACGCAAAUCAUCAAGGGUACCUCCUACUCAUCCUCCCCCCCCUCCUCCUCCUCCUCCUCCUCCACCUCUUUCCCCUCCCCCUCCAUCCUCCUCUUCCGCUCCCAUCUCUUUGUACGAGUCUCAGUCAUCAUGCCCCCCUGUUCCUUUCCGUCGAAAGCGGCAUCCUUCGCCUCGUCCUUCGCUUUCCUUCCACCCCACCUCCUUCUCCUCCCUCGCGCUCCGUUCUUCAGCAGCCUCCCCCUCCGCCGCCUUCGGCAAUCUCCACGGGCUGGCGGAGGUUGCCACCUCACAGUCCGCCGCGGACAAAGGGGCAGUGGGAUCUGGUCUCGGCAAUCUCCGAGCGCGGGCGCGGGCGGAGAUCGCCAGAGAGCACGGGUUGAAUGGCACCGGGGGUGGUGCUAAGCAGGAGGGGGAGGCUUCGGCGGAGAAAGAGAAGGCCUUUUAUGGUGGCUGGUUUGGGGAGCAUGGACAGAGCGUCAAGAGGAGGAGGGACAAUACGAGGAGGAGGAGAUACCGAUCUGCGGUGCCUCUGUUGGUGGAGGAGAGCGAGGAAGAGAACAAGAAGGAGGUCGAGCUUGCGUCUUCUUCUGCUGUCGUUGAGGAGACCAUGACCGGCAAUGUGCCCACGGAGCAGGUGGCAAAGGAGCAGCAGCAGGAAGAGGAGGAGGGGGAGGAGGAGGAGGACGACGAAGAGGAGGAGGAGGAGGGUCAGAAUGAAGAUAUCAUCAGGUGUCCCCAAGCAGUUCUGGAGGAUGGUGAAGCCCAACCAGACGGCAAGGAGGCGUUGCAUAGUGGCAGCAGCGAAGAUCUCCCUUGCGGAAAGGAGGAGGAGGAGGAGGAGGAGGAGGAGGAGGAGGAGGAGGAGGGAGCGAGACUGGAUGGAAAAGGGGUAGGUGAAAAUGACUGUGCGAAAGCGAUCGAGGAGGAUAAUGGCCGGGGGAUGGCAGAGGGGGCGAAGAAUAAAGGACAGAGAAUGGACGACCAUCUCCCGCUAGUAGAGGACAGCGCAGAGGGAAAGAGAGAGAAAGGAUACGGGCAGCAAAUGGAAGAGGGCGAUGAGGAGCAUCAACAGAGGGAUCAAGAGGUGGUGGUGGAGGAGGAGGAGGCGGAGGAGGAGGGGGGGGAGGAGGAGGGGGAGGAGGGCAGCGCAGAGGGAAAGAGAGAGAAAGGAUACGGGCAACAAAUGGAAGAGGGCGAUGAGGAGCAUCAACAGGGGGAUCAAGAGGUGGUGGUGGUGGAGGAGGAGGAGGGAGAGGAGGAGGAGGAGGAGGAGGGGGAAGAGGAGGAUGAAGAAGUCGGCAGUCUGCAUUCCGUGGCUACUACAGAAUCUCCGAAAGAUGGUGAAUCGAAGAAGAAGACAUGCAGCACUAAACCAGAAGAAGAGGAGGAGGAGAAGGAGGUAGGAUGUGGAGGUGGACUGGACGACGAGGGAAGGAGGAAGGAAGGAGGAGAGGAGCGAGAGGAAGGGACGUGCCACGUGGAGGAAGAAGAGAAACAAGAGGAGGUCGGGCUGGAAGAGGAGAGAGAGGCGACGAGUGGGGCCUCCGAUGUGGAGGAGGGAAUGAGAGGCGGCGUGGAAUUCGACAGAGAAGGCGAUGACGGUGCCGCUGGGGGCGUGGAGGUCAUAGAUCCCGAGACGGCCUGCGAGACUGGGGGCGGAGGAGGGGUGGUAGUGGAGAAGGAGGAUGGAAGAGAGCAGCUGACAACGUUUUACAAAGCUUUCAAGAGAUUCAAGAGCCUCAUCGGAAGAGAAGAUGGACCUGUCAUUCGACCCCACUGGAAGGAUGCGCCCAGAGGCAAACCCGAUCAAAUGCAGAAGGAAGUCGAGGAAGCUUUUCUGUCAAUCAUUCGCUGCACGAAAGGUUGUUCCAGUGUAAGGCGGAUUGCGGCUGUCCUGAUCUCUCGUUAUGCGCGGCAUUGCCCAAGUUGUCUGGAUGUGGCCGGAGCGGUGCUGAUCGAUUUUUGCAUUUGGGGGAGCAACCUCGUUUGCGAGAGUGAUGAUGACGAUGGAGUUGCGUGGGUGACUGCGGAGGCUGCAUUCUCCGGGCUGCUAGAUUACUUGGCAGCGGUUAAGGAGGCAGUGGAGUGUGAGGCAAUCACCCCCGAAGAUGGUGCUCGUUAUUCCCAACAGUUGGCACAAUUUCUGCUGCAGUCUCUGAAAGGCACGCCUCUCCCUUUGCUUGGCCCUCCUCGCCGAGGUCGUCAUGAUGCUGGUGAUGGACACGCCGCUGGUUCCGAUGUUUCGCUCUGCAGACCGUUUGCCUCAUCCACUGGCAUCCCAACUGCGGAUGGCCGCAGCAUGUCCGCGGCGGACUCGGCUGAUGUAGGGGAUACCGCAAACCAUAGGAAUUACAGAGAGUGGGAAGGGCCGCAGAACGAACAGAACGCUUCUGGUUAUGGUCGGCAACUUCUGAGGAGUGCUUCCGAAAGCCGAUAUCAGGCCGUGAUGAGGUUGGUCUCUGUCACAGCUGCAGAGGUGUUCCUGCUGGAUCCACAGUGCAUGUUGACGACAUGCCUGGAUGUGCUGUCUAGUUCUGCAGAAGAGCCACGGAGAGAUGCUCUGCACUUCUUGUCGCAGAUUGUGGAGGAGAAAGAUUGGACACUGUCACCGAGGACGGUUGCCACGUCUCACGCAGAGCUGGAGAGCACGGGCGUUCCUCCUCCUCGAGUAGGGAAUGGUGUGGGACCUUUGGAGAGGGAUGAAACUUGUAAGGUUCUUCAAAGAUCAACCAUACUGCAAAAUGCUGUUUGUGGGCAUUUUCAGCUGGAACGCUGGACUGUCACUGCGGUCCAAAGGUACCGCAGUCUUGUGCCUUCUCAUUACGUGGAAGAAGCGUGGCCAUACAUGGAGCGCCUGCUGCGUAGCUUGCAUUCUUUCUCAGCAGCUGAUCUCCCUGGUGGAUCGUCAGACGGGAACGGGCAAUACGAUGCAGACAGCCCAUCUUUGCCAGAGGUCAUCCACGCCGAGCCGCAAUCCGUGCUACGUCUCCCAUAUGCCAACACCACACCGCAGGGGAGGCAUUCAGAUGAGGAUGGGGUGCAUGGUGAAGUCUCUCAGCUAGAGGAAUCCUUCACGUCCCAAUCGAAGCGGCUGAAGAAAAGCUCAUCCAGAGAUGAUGGCUAUGGUCCUCACCAUGAGCCGUAUCUACUGCAUGCAUCUCCUAGACAGGCGAGUUCUGUGCCAGGAACAGAUGAUGCAGCCGUCGAGACAGCAAGGGACAUGGAUGACGCCGAUAAUGGAGUGCAAGAUUCUUCUGCGCACGGUAGGGUUUGCUGUGGCCCAUUGAAGUCUGAUGAGGACCAUCCUGAGGUCGCCGUCUCUCGAUUCAAUGGCAAAGAGAGAGAUGGACCAGCAGCACACUCGUCCAUGGGGUUCAGAUGCAACAGUAGUGCAAAUGAGCAUGACGGAUGCCAUGACCGGGAGAAACAUGAAGAAGCUUUGGAUAGCCCUGCUCUUGUAAGCGACGAUAGAGUUAGCCCUGUGCCAACUGGUUGGAAUGAAAGCCAUGAUGGUACUGAGAAGAAUGUGGGGCAUGUUGCAAGAGGUGGAGGGGUGGACCUUGGACAGCGACUUGGCAUCGACGGAGGCCGGGAUUGUCUGGACAUUCGUCGCAAGUGGCAUACUGCCAAGAGGUUGGGCACAGACAUGACAGAUUUGCUACUGCAACAGGUGCAGAAAUCUCUGAUAGAUCGUACACAGACGACACAGUCGGUAGCAAGCAGCCAUGAUGAUCGUGAUAGUGCACCGGCAGGCAAGUAUAAGCAACGCGGACAAGGUUCUGGUGAGGGUGUGAAAGAGGGAAGUGCACGACCUGACGCUGAUGCAGAAUCAAGGGGCGCACAUAUUGCCAAGGGACGCUAUCAGUUGGGAAAUUCUUACAGCUUUGUCUGCUCGGCCUCUCGAAAGUCCGAGAACAACAAGCUGGUGGAUGGGAUCCCUUUCGACUCUAAUGAUAGUGAUUCUCAUAGGGGGAACGAAAGAGUCCUGUCUGCUAGCAGGAGGCUGGACGGAAUAGGGAGAAAGAGAAACCAAGAGGCAAUGAACAACACUGAGCAGGGGUUCGAUGCAGCAGAUAGCACCGCAUCUGACGAAAACGCAUUCCAGUCGCCAAAGGGCCUCGACCUCGUUGGCCUUCCUGGGCAGACCAGUCAGUAUGCUAAAGCUGCAGUCCGCAAGAGGAUGAAGUGGGAGGUGACUCAGGAUCACGGAUUACUGAAUAAUAAUAACAAUAGUAAUAAUUCUAGGAGGUUUGAGAAGGGUGGCUGGGAUGAGAGGAGAGGAAGGGGCACAAUGAGGUGGAGAAAGCUGCAUGCACCUGGUCUCAAAUGGACACGAUCGAGGAGCAUCUUGACAGACAACUCCGCAGACAUUGUAAAAGAAGCAGACUCAUGCACAGAUGGCGAUCCUCGCGCGAUGGAGGUGUUCUUUGCGAGUCGGCACUUGUGGGUUUCGUCUGUGAAGAAAGGUACAACAGAGGCGAUGGUUCGGGCAACCUGUGAGGCAUUUGGACCAGUCGAGGAUGUCUGCAUAUUUGACGAGUGCUGUGCUGCACUGGUCGACUUUCGCUCUGUGCGUGAUGCGGCACAUGCACACGAAGCAAUAGAGGCAGGCUCCAUCUCUGGAAAGCCUCACCAUGUGAAGUUCAUGUCACGGGGCACGCGGUUUGCACGGCGGGGAAGGCGGCGGAAUGGAGACGAUGCUGGUAGUCAGCAAGAUGGCAUGGAGUACACAACUGCGUUUGUGUGGGUGGGAGGCGUUCGCCAUCAGAACGAGAAGGCAGUUCUGCUACGCGACCUUGCUGCAGCUGGGCUGGCGAUGCCAAGGUCUGUCACCAUUCUUGUCAGGGCUCGGGCGCUGUUGUUGGAGUUUGACAAACUGGAAGUGGCAGCUACGGUAAUUGUUCGCUUGAGGGCAGGAAGAUGCAGCAAGGAGAUGUGGGCGAUUAUGAAUGAGAAAGGUAUGAUGCAGAAACAAGCUAUGGAUAGAACCAAGGAAAGGCAAAGUGGAGGAAGUGAGCCAUUGGAAACCGUGGAGGAUCGCAAUGAAGGGGUCUGGGGAAGCUGGAGGGGUGAUGAGGAAUCCAAGAGGCAUCUGCUGGUAAAAAAUGUGCACCAAAAUGUUCGACGUGAUGAUCUCAUGAAUGCAUUUGCGCGGUUUGGCGAACUGACUGGUUGUCAGUUUGUGCCCGAGAAGCAGAUCUGUCUAGUGCACUUUGCCACGGAAAAGGACGCACGGAUUGCAAAGUCGAGGCUUCAUGGUGUGCGGUUUGGACCGACCUGCAUUAGCGUGGAGUACGAAAAGAAGCUGCAAGAAGACUUUCUUGCACAGGAAUGCUCUCCAUCAUCACCGCCAAGCCAGAUGUCCGAACCUCCCACCUUGUUGAUGACGCCCAUGAGCCCGGUCUUGCCAAGGCAUGAGCCAUCAAGCACAGGGUUCACGUACCGUCCCAGCUUAAGUCAGGCUGUUGCGGAGGAGGGGAGCCUGCAUGAGAAUCGCUCUGGCAGGAUGGUGUCUACCUCGCAGCACCCUCCCACCGAGUCUGUUUCUUCAUCAUCCAUGUUGUCCACGAACAGAUACAGUAAGGAAAGGGAUGUUAAGCGCAUCGGUGCCACCAAGGCCACAACGGGGAGUGCGGUGGAUAGCAAGAGCACAGGUCAUCCUUAUGCGUUCGAAGGUGGGCAACAAAGAGUGGCUUCCAGAAAUGCGGAUUUACCAGAAUGGGAGAGAGUCGUGCCCAACACUGAACCAUGUUCGCUCAUCAUAACCUUCUCAGAAAAGUACGCUGUGUCACCCAAGUUUUGGGCGGAGACAGAGCUGAAGAAAUUCUUUUUGUCUAUUGUUGAGGACAUUGGGCAAGUGCUGGGAGCGUCUGUGGUGGAGCACGCUGAAGGUUGUGGUUCUGGAGCCCAUGGCAGACGUGUUCUUGUCCACUGGGACUCUAUGGAGACAGCUGCAGCUGCCGUUCAAAGGAUUAACAAGAGAAUGCCCCGGAAUCCAAGCUCAUCCAUGCGGCCAAUGGCCUAUGCCCUGGCUGCAAUCACAGAUGUUGCAUACUUCAAGAAGUCAGAGGUACGAGGUGUGGCGUCAUCAGGUAAUCAUGCAGGCAGGAUGAAUGCAAGAGUUGAUGGAAGUGUGAAUGGAGCUGAAGCUGGAAUUGAUUCAAGGGGAGCGGGGUGCGCAAAUGGAGUUGUGGUGGAAGGGAGAAACAGCACCAAAGGGGAGUGCACAAAGAUUCCCUUGCAGGGGACUGCAGAAGGAGAAUGCGGCAGCCCUAUUCGAUGGACAAAUGCUACAGGAGCAGCAGGAGGAGGUCUGCAUGCAGUGAAUUCACGGCCAUUGCUGGCAUUAAUGCAAACAGCAGACCAGAAUCAGUGGACAAAUGCUCAGGCGCUGGUGCAUGCCCACGCACUGGCAAAUGCUAGAGUCCUGGCACAUGCGCAAGCCAACGCGCAGGCAAUGGCCAGUGCACGAGCACUGGCAAGCGCUCAAGUCCUGGCAAAUGUGCAAGCUUUUGCCAAUGCGCAAGUUGUGGCAGCUGCUAUGGAGGGAAUGAUUAUGGAAAUCAGUAAGAAAGGUGUUAUCGAUCCAUUGAAGCCCAUGGAAGGGGUAAGCAGAGCUGGGGAGCAAAGGGGGGAGGAGUCUGGGGCAAUUUUCCCUGGCGCCGGGCCCGGUGUAUUGCACCUGGAUGAAACUAGCAUCAGGAAUGCCCUUUCCUCUAAUCCAGGGCUGGUGUCAGGUGAAGGGUGUUCUGGCACGUCUACAAGUUUGAGUAGCGGGGAGAGUUGUCGCAUUGGCCAGGUGCUUCACCAGAGUCCUGGACAACAGCCGUGUCAACCGCAGGUACAACAGGAAGGCCAGUUAUCACGGCAAUCCCAGCCAUCCCAGUUGGCACCACAGCAGCUUCCACUGCUUGUGCAGCCCCUGCUUCUACAGCCGCAGCAACAAGCUUGUCCACCUCUGCUAGCGCAGGCGCUGCUGCAACAACCCCAAUUUCAACAACCACAGCAUCAGCAGCAGCAAAAGGAACAGCAGGUGCAGCCACAAGAAGGACAGCUAGGGCAGCAGCCACCAGGACAGAAGGCUCAGGUAGCACAGGCGCCGCAGUUGCAGCCAGCUCAGUCACAGCAGAUGCAGCCACCGAUCCUGAAACACCCUCAGAAAAUGCAGGCCAAUAAUUGCUGUUGUUCUCUGCCUAUGGUGUCACCUGCGCAGCAUCGGUCAGUCUCAGGUGCACAGACCCAAGGGGAUGCAAGCUUGCCACCGCUACCAGACGAUCCUCCCCCAUCACCACCUCCUCCUCCCCCCCCUCCUCCAUUGCUUGGGAUUGCCCCUGGGGUGCCAUGCCCUGGUGCGCAGCGGCAACUGCCCCCUGGAAUGCAGGUUGUCGUGCCUCAGCGCGUUGUUGAUCGGCCUGCACUUGUUGAGUCAGGAAUUGGCACUGAGCGUAUGCUUCCAGAUGGAGGGGAAGGAGAGGCUUCAAAGGGACCUACGGAGGUGUGUGGUGGGUCAUUUGCUGAUGGUUGGGGCAGGACCCGUCAUUCUCGGCAGCAGCAAACACCGCCUGGUCAUGGCAGUGCUCAACCGCUCGGCUUUAUACCGCCUGUAAGUGGACACAGGCAAGAUGUGGUCGGUUCUCAAAGCCAAGUCCAGGAAUCCUUGUUAGGACCUGGCGGUGCAGUGAGUAACAGUGAGCUGUUGCCCACACAGCCGGAACUUGGCAGACAAGCUUAUGCUCACAACUCGUGGGCACGUCAGUGUGGGCUGGGUGCGGGUUGCGUAGGCCUGUCACCUGCAAACAGAUGCGAUUCCGCACGGGAUAGUGCUCAGCCACAGGGUGGAAUUCCUGGUUGCCAUGACAUUUCAGACAGUACCAUCCACGAUCAAGCAAAUGCUGCGCAUGGUAUGCAGAAUCAUGCACUGGUGAGCAAAUGCUAUGAAAGCUCUGGAUCAGCCCUUACUGGAACAGGGGGUAUGGCUCUCGACCAUAGGGGAGAUGGGAAGCCACUGGAGUGUUUGGGAGGGAGUGGUCCAGGUGCGCCGGAACCUGCCGGCAGCGGGAUGCCGAUGAAAAACCCUGUCACAGCUAUAUGGCAAGGGCGUCUGUUUGCCUGUGGUGCAGCAUCGGGUGUAAGCAUCUUCUUUCGAGAUCUGGAACCGUUUCCAAUUGGAAACAGCCUUCACAGGUGGCCAAGCAUGCUUCCUGUGGCGAGGAUGAUGCCGGUGAAGCAAGUGCUUGAACAAACUUUACCGUCAUCCCCAGUCGACCAGCGGAUAUACUGUCAUAUAGUCCCAGAAUCGGGGAACAACAACCAGCCACAGUUCACCCAUCUUGUACAGUGGCUGUACCAGACAAACCAGGCAGCAUGUGUUGAGGUACCUAUUCUGUCUCAAGCCCAAAUGGUUUCUUUGGAUCAGAUGCUUCUUCGGACACUGUAUCUUGUCGCGCCAACUGCGGCAGCAUGUGUGGCGCUCGGUUUUUCUGCCAAUAUCGACCCGUGCAAGACUCUGCUAGGUACGGCGGUAAUCACCGGGCGUUCUAUUCGGGUGAAGACGUCAGCCACGAUUGAUGUCAACAUUGUCAAGAAUGCGUCGAGGACUGAGUUGGCCAAGUAGGUGUGUUAAAUCCCUUUGGCUAGCCACAAUCGGUGUCGACGUGAAGUAAACGGGCCACCAAACC